UCCAAAUUGAUAUCUCCUUGCUGGAAAGGAGGAGGAGGGGGAAAGGGAUCUCGAAGGAAUGCAGGAUCAUCAAACGUGGAAUGUUCAGACUUUGAUUCAACUGGCAGAAGCGCAGAGUGUGCCGCAACAAAGGUGCGUUACGAGAGAAACAAGAAGAAAAAUAAUGGAAAAGACCUGUGCUUUACGGCACACAUGUACUUCCGGGAAGAAUACAAGCGAUCCUAUCUGCGAUUCCAAGGGACCUCGUCCCACCACCCGGUGCCGGGUCGCUCGAGAUGGUUAGGUUAACGCUCGAUCCGUGAAACGUCAGAAUUUCUCUCUCUCUCUCUCUCUCUCUGCUCUCGAAACAACGAAACACGAUCGAGAGCGAACCGUGUAAAUUUAACGAGAGUGAUUUUAGUUGUAGAUUGUUGGUUGAGUCAACAGUGGGUUGUAACGAUAAGGGAACCGUGGUUUUAUAAUUGUUGUGAAGCAGAAGGAGUAAAAAUUGUUUUGAAGAGGAGAGGGAAAAAAAAACACUUGAUGUAGCUACUAAUGCGAAUUAUGAGAACGUUAAUAACUACUUUCAAAUCGAAUGGCCUUGAUUUUCUGACGACGCGCGACGACAGUUAGUUAAUUCAACAGUAGCAGGAACGAGAAGGUUUUUAUUUAUCUUCGGAUCGUAUCAUUUGAAUAUUCUUCUUCUGGAUAAAGAUAGCUGACCGCUUUUGAAAAUUUGUCGCGGCACUUCGAGUUUUGGUAUCCUGUUUGCACAGGGUUGUUUACGAUCCAUAACGCCUUCGCCUUCGUCGAGCCACUUCAGACUCGCGAGCCACGUAGAAGGGGUUGUUUUUUUUUAGCAACACCGAGCAAGGGUCGCUACUAAUUUAUGACGUUAAGUUCUGACGUCUUGUUGCGCCUCGCUUAUACCUUCUCUUCAGGUCGUACAUUUAUCACGGUUGUUUAUAACACGAUCACACGCUUUUGUUUUCUGAAAUCUGCGGAAAUGUAACUGUGACAAUUUCCGUCCCUCGAAUGAUAUACGCAUUUUAGUAUGCCAGUGGAAUGUUUCUCAGUGGAAUGCUUCUCGUGUUUUUUUAUUUAUUUCAUUCUUUUUCUCUUUUCAAGUUCUAUUGAAAUAUCUUCCGAAUAAUUUAAUCGACGAUUCAAGAUCAAUUAACGUUUCGCUCCAAAAGUCAGCUAGUAAUCAUACAUACUUUUUACUAAUUUCAUUAUAAGUACGUAAUUAAUAUUCAGUUUACAGAUAAGGACAAAUUUAAGAGUAAAUGUAGAAACUGAUGUUCACAACAUCAUCAUGUUAUUUCCCGUAAAUAACAAUGUUAAUUGCAUAUUGCAACAAAUCUCAAGCAGAUCCGCUUCCAUUUCACUCUAUGCAAAUUAACAUUUUAAUUAAUUAAUCCCGGUCUCGAAGAGGAACGCAACUAACCGACGUUCUUUUUAUUUGCAAUUACAGAUCGAGGAUGCCAUGCUGAUGUUCGAUAAGCAAACCAACAGGCACAGAGGUGAGUGA